UUACCUUUUCAAUUAGUCAAAUUCCAAAUCAUAAAAAAACCUCCCGAGAAAAUGGCUCUCCGAUCUGUCAAAACGCCGACCUUGAUAACUCCGGUCACCGUCGUCUCCUCCUCCGUUAUCAACAAGCCUCAAUCUAUCAGAUUCUCUCUUAAACCAACGGCGGCACUCGCCGUUCACAACCGUCAGCCAUCGUUCUACGGUCUCAAGCUCAAACCAACAAAAUUCCGAUGCUCUGCGUCGGCGCUUACGCCGCAACUUAAAGAUACGCUGGAGAAACUGGUGAAUUCGGAGAAAGUGGUUCUGUUCAUGAAAGGAACGAGAGAUUUCCCGAUGUGUGGAUUCUCCAACACUGUGGUUCAGAUCUUGAAGAAUUUGAAUGUUCCUUUCGAAGAUGUGAAUAUUCUGGAGAAUGAGAUGUUGAGGCAAGGACUUAAAGAGUACUCGAAUUGGCCGACGUUUCCUCAGCUUUAUAUCGGCGGUGAGUUUUUCGGUGGUUGUGAUAUUACUCUUGAGGCGUUUAAGAGUGGAGAAUUGCAGGAAGAGGUGGAGAAAGCUAUGUGCUCUUGAUUCUGAUUCAAUACCUGGAUUUGUAAUGAUGGAAUUUGAUCUUAUAUAUCUAUCAUCACCUCGAAAAAAAUGUCAUUUUGAUGUUUCAGAGUUUGUGGUUGUAACAUUAAGAGACAUAUCUUGUAUGAUGGAUUUAGGUAUAGAACAAUUGGAUGUGCGUUAAAUCUGAGUUUUCAUUUAAAAAUGGUAACUUUGUGUCA